UCCCGGCCGAGUCCCCUAACUCCCACCACCUCCUCCACACCGCUCUCUCUGGUCUCGCUCUCCUCGCUCCUCGCUCUUCUCCGGCGCGGCCGCGCGAGGCGUCCGCCGCGGCUGCUUCUGCUGCCAGCGGGGGACGAUGAGGGCAUGGAACUGCGUGGUGACGGCGCACAAGCCCACUGCCGUCUCCCACUCCUGCGUCGGCAACUUCACCGCGCCCCACCAACUCAACCUCAUCGUCGCGAAAUGUAACCAUAUCGAGAUUUAUAUGUUUACUCCUCAGGGCCUUCAGCUUAUGCUCGACGUACCUUUGUAUGGAACAAUUGCAACACUUGAGCUCUACCGUUCUAGUAGUGAAACUCAAGAUUUUCUUUUCAUUGGUAUGGAAAGAUAUAGAUAUUGUGUUCUUCAGUGGGAUGGAAGAAAGUCAGAACUUCUUACAAGAUCUGAGGGAGAUGCUUCUGAAUUUUUGGGGCGCCCUACUGACAAUGGACAGAUUGGAAUUAUUGAUCGUCACUAUCGACUGAUUGCUCUUCACCUAUAUGAUGGCUUAUUUAAGGUUAUACCAUUUGACAACAAAGGACACCUGAAGGAAGCAUUGAACAUCAGGCUUGAAGAACUUGUAGUGUUGGACAUCAAGUUUCUUUAUCGUUGUGAAAACCCUACAGUAGUGGUUCUUUACCAGGACAACAAGGAUGCCAGACAUGUUAAGACGUACGAAAUUGAGUUGGAGGACAAAAAGUUUGUUGAAGGUUCUUGGUCUCAGAACAAUUUAGACCACAGUGCUCGUCUGUUAAUACCUGUACCACUGGGUGGUGUCAUAAUAGUUGGUGAGGACACAAUAGUUUACUGCAGUUCCGAAACUACUAAAUCUCUAUCUAUAAAGCAAUCUAUCAUUAGAGCUGUUGGGCGGGUUGACCAGUGCGGUUCUCGCUAUUUAUAUGGAGACAACACUGGUGCUCUGCAUUUGCUUACAAUUACCCAUGAAUCGGGAAGAGUGACUGGUUUAAAAAGUCACUUCAUUGGGGAGACGUCAAUUGCCUCAACAAUAUCAUAUGUUGGCAGUGGUUUCUUUUAUGUUGGUUCACAAUUUGGGGACUCACAGCUUCUAAAAUUGAAUACUCAAGCUGAUGCUAGAGGUUCAUUUGUUGAAAUUCUCGAACAAUAUAUAAACAUUGGACCAAUUGUAGACUUGUGUGUGGUUGAUUUUGAAAGGCAAGGGCAAGGUCAGGUGAUUACUUGUUCGGGUGCACACAAGGAUGGUUCAAUUCGGACAAUUCGUAAUGAAAUAGUAAUUACUGACCAGGCUUCAUUACAACUCCAUGGCAUGAAAGGACUAUGGUCUUUAAAAUGUUCAUCGAAUGAUCCAUAUGACACAUUCUUGGUUGUGACAUUUAUAAACGAGACACGCUUCUUGGCAAUCAAUAAGGAAAACAAAUUGGUAGAAACACCUAUAGAAGGAUUUGAUUCAGAAACACAGACUCUGGUCUGCGGAAGUGCCAUCCACAAUCAGCUUAUACAGGUUACUGCACAGUCUGUCAGAUUAGUCAGCUCUACUUCUCGAGAUUUACUGGAUCAAUGGUUUGCACCAACAGGAUUUCCAGUCAAUGUUGCAGCAGCUAAUGCGUGCCAGGUUUUGUUGGCAACUGGUGGUUUCCAUCUCAUCUACCUAGAAAUUACCAACUCUAAGUUGGUGGAAGUGAAGCAUGUAGAGCUUGAGCAUGCAAUUUCUUGUCUUGACAUAAACCCAAUCGGUGAGAAUCUACAAUAUAGCUCCCUUGCAGCUGUUGGGAUGUGGACAGAUACAAGUGUGAGGAUAUUUUCACUCCCUGGCAUUGUACUAAUUAGGAAGGAGAAUUUGGGUGAAGAUGUUCCUCGUUCUGUUCUGCUGUGUACUAUUGAAGAGGUGUCGUACUUGUUCUGUGCUCUUGGAGAUGGUCACCUCUUUAGUUCUGUGUUGAACAUAAAUACAUGUGAACUAUCAGAUAGAAGCAGGGUCUCCUUGGGGACACAACCAAUCAGCCUCUAUAAAUUCUCAUCUCAUGAUAGAACUCAUGUGUUGGCUGCAUCAGAUAGGCCAACUAUCAUAUGCAGCAGUGACAAGAAGUUACUCUAUAGUUAUGUCAACUUGAAAGAAAUGAACCACGUGUGCCCUUUUAAUACAGUUAUUUUUUCCAGAAAGGUCCCUCCCUCCCUCAUCAUUGCGAUAGCUAAAGAAGCUGAACUUUCAAUUGGUGCAAUUAAUUACUCCAGAAAGCGUCAUAUCCACACAAUCCCCUUGAAUGAACAUGCACGCCGCAUCUGUCACCAGGAACAAUCUCAAACACUUGCACUCUGCAGUUUCAAGAACAAGUACAUGCAUGGAGUGAGCGAGACACAUUUUGUUCGUCUAUUAGACCAUCAGACUUUUGGGAUUUUAUCAACACAUACUCUUGAUGCUUUUGAAUGUGGUUGCUCAAUCAUCAGUUGUUCAUUUUCUGGUGAUGAUAAUUUCUACUAUUGUGUGGGAACAGCAUAUGUUUUGCCCAUGGAAGAUGAACCCACAAAGGGGCGGAUCCUGCUUUUUUUAGUUAAAGAAGGGAAGUUACAACUAAUCAAAGCGAAGGAAACCAAAGGAGCUGUUUAUUCGCUUAAAUCAUUCAAUGGGAAAUUAUUGGCUGCUAUUAAUCUGAAGAUCAGAUUGUACAAGUGGAUGCAGCGAAAUGAUAGGUCACGUGUACUACAAUUUGAGUGUGCCCAUGAUGGCCACGUAUUAUCUUUGUAUACUCAAACACGUGGUGAUUUCAUCUUGGUUGGAGACAUGAUGAGAUCAUUAUCGUUGCUGAUAUACAAGCACGAAGAAGGCAAGAUUGAAGAGGUGGCUAGGGAUUUAAACACAAACUGGAUGACUGCAGUUGAGAUGCUGGAUGAUGAUAUUUAUAUUGGUGCAGACAAUUGCUGUAACCUGUUUACCGUGUUCAAGUCCCCAUAUGGGUUCCUUGAGCCCGUUGGGGAGUACCAUCUGGGGGACGUGGUGAAUAGGUUGCAUCACGGUUCUCUGGUUAUGCACCACGCAGAUUCGGGGACAGGCCAGUUUCCUUCAGUCAUCUUUGGCACGGUCAAUGGCGCCAUCGGUGUGAUUGCCUCCCUUCCAUAUGACCUAUAUGCGUUCCUAGAGAAGCCGCAGUCCGUUCUUGUGAAUUUCGUCAAGGGUGUUGGUAACCUUAGCCAUGCAGAAUGGCGGUCAUUCUGUAACGCCAGGAGGACCAGUUCUGCCCGGAACUUCGUGGAUGGUGAUCUGAUUGAAUCUUUCUUCAGUCUGAGCCCAAGCCAGAUGGUGGAGGUUGCGUGCGCGAUGGGUGUCCCUCCGGUUGAGCUGUAUAAGCAAGUGCAGGAGUUGACCAAUCUACACUAGUAAUAAGUAAUAAGCAUAGCAACGUACAGUACUCUAGCUGCCUACCAUCAUGUAUAGCUCUAGUGAAUAUUCCUACUAUUAACUCGUUGCCAGCGUGGUACAGUAGAAUAGAUGCAUGCUAAAGGUGAUAUUUCCAGUUCUGGGCCCAACUUCAUGGCCGCUCAACUGCUGGUAACCCAGUGUUGUAGAUGCAGGUAACAGCCUUCGGUCUAAUUACUUCCUUUUUGCUUUAUUAUUGGAGAGAAAUUUGGUUGUAGCUAAGGAGAUUGUACAUUUGGUUACCCUUCUGAAGCAAAGUCAUACAGUUGUAAACAA